CCAGGGCCACAGUGGGGGCGGAGGUAUGGAAAGAAAAUAUAUUUAAGAUGAAGGCUUUAGAAGGAGGGUUAAGGAAUCUCCCUCAGGAACUCAAGCUUUGUUGGGAGACGGAAGGGCCUUGAAAGGAAAAGAAAGAUCACUGGAUGAGAAAGAGAGCACUGAGGGAUAAAAAAGGCUGAGAGCCCCCUGAAGGCUCCGAUUUGCUAGAGUUCUGAGAAAUCUUCAAGAGUUGGCUUGGAGAGCCCCCAGCAAGCCCCAGAUCAAAUGCCGACCAUGACGCUCUGCUCUCUGGCCUGGCUCCUUGUCUUGACCCUAACCCUCUCCAGUCAGCCUGCGUGGCUACAGAAGCCCCCCAAACGCAAGACGCCCGCCCAACUCAAGGCUGCUGCCUGCUGUGAGGAAGCCAGGGAGCUCAAGGCCCAGAUGGCCAAUCUGACAAGCCUGCUGGGGGUGCUGAGCAAGAAGCAGGAGAGCGACUGGGUCAAUGUGGUCAUGCAGGUGAUGGAGCUGGAGAGCCACACCAAGCAGAUGGCCACCCGCCUCACUGAGGCCGAGAGCAAGUUCUCCCAGCUGAACAAUCAGAUUGACAUGAUGCAGCUCCAGGCAGCCCAGACUGUCACGCAGACCUCGGCAGACGCUGUCUACGACUGUUCCUCACUCUACCAGAAGAAUUACCGCAUCUCUGGGGUGUAUAAGCUGCCUGCUGACGAGUUCCUGGGAAGCCCUGAACUCGAGGUUUUCUGUGACAUGACAACUGCAGGUGGAGGCUGGACCAUCAUCCAGAGACGGAAGAGUGGUCUCGUCUCUUUCCACCGUGACUGGAAACAAUACAAACUGGGCUUUGGCAACAUCCGUGGGGAUUUCUGGCUAGGAAAUGAGAACAUCUACCGCUUGUCCAGGCGCCCAACCACUCUGCGGAUUGAGAUGGAGGACUGGGAGGGUGACAUACGUUUUGCUGAGUACAGCCACUUCACCUUGAGCAAUGAGUUGAACAGUUAUAGAAUCUUUGUGGGGAACUACAGCGGCAAUGCCGGGCGUGAUGCCCUCCUGUACCACAACAACACGGCCUUCAGCACCAAGGACAAGGACAAUGACAAGUGCUUGGACAACUGUGUCCAACUCAGAAAAGGUGGAUACUGGUAUAAUUGCUGCACAGACUCCAACCUUAAUGGGAUUUAUUAUCGCCAUGGUGAGCAUAAUAAGCAUACGGAUGGCAUCACCUGGUACGGCUGGCACGGCUCUAGCUACUCCCUCAGGAAGGUAGAGAUGAAGAUCCGCCCUGAAGACUUUGUACCCUAAAUAGCAGCUUGCGCUAUAAGAGGGGUGCAGAAUCCUAGGAGACAAAUAAGGCUGGGGGUGGGCAAUGAGGUAGUGUGAUAGGGGUAGGGAGGGGAAAUCACAGGGAAUCAAGCACCAAUGAAAUCACUCAUUUCAAUGAGAAAAGUAGAAACCUUAACAGGCUCAAAGAACCCAAGCACCAGUGUCACAUAAUCAGUACCAGCAGUAGGGACAGCAAAUAGGGAGAGACAUUUAAAAUCUCUUAGGGUAUUCUUCUCAUUGGGUCAGAAAUAGCUUAGCCUGUGCCUUUGGACACAGCAGCAGCUCCAAAGACAUCCUGCAGUUAGACUUUUCCCACGUGAUUCUAGUUUCAGGAGAAAGUAAUUGGGAGUUUAUGGCUUGCACUUUCUCCAGGGCCAGGAUUAAGUGAAGACAGAAAACAAAUCUCUUGCUAAAAUGAACUGUAUUAUUUCAAACCACAGGAGAAAUACUAAAGGCUGGGGACAGAGCGAGGGUGGCAAAGAGUUCUAUUUCAAAAUCCAAUGAAAUUGCUUUUGGUCUCAAAGAUUCUUUAACUGAGUAAUUGCUCUGUUGAAGGUGAGCAAGCCCAUGUCUUAGCUGCUUAGAGGAAACUCCAGGGGAACAGGGUCUUGCACUCAGAGUCUCAGCAUCUCACCUUCUUGUUCUCAGUCAUGGCACAGUACAAAAAGGAAUGAGACACAUAGAGGGAUUCUAGAUAGGAGUCAGAGGCAUGGGUCACUAUUAGAAUCUCUUACAAGACUAAAUGGGAAUAAGGAAACUGCUAGGUACGUGGGCUGCGGGUGAGGCACUACACCACAGUCCAAUGGAAAACAGAGCGAACUGAGCCUAGAAAAUUUAUACAGAGAUUCACUCUUGUUCUUAAGAACCAUGUAGCAAGAAAUAUAGUCAGAGAAUUUUAAAAUUAGAAGUAGACAUAUUUCUUUUAGUAACUUAAAGUUCUACUAGAACCUGAGUUUAAAUGUUCCAUAAUGCCAUAGUUUUUCUAUCUUUAUCUCAAAAUUGUCUACAGUAUUUAGUGCUUGUGCAUAUGCACACAUGCACGCGUGCACACACACACAAACUCGGAGAAACCUACUGCUUUAAUUUAGGACUUCACACUGCAGCGAAGCUGAGCAAAUUAUAAUACUAUCAAAAAUAACCACCAAGAUUACAAGCCAACAAGAAUUAUGGAACCUUUAUAUCAGCGAAAAAAAGCUUAAGUCAAUUCACUGUACUUAAGUCAUUUGUAAAUAGCUAGUUUGGUUCUUGGAUGUAGUCUUUGUUUUUAAUUUAAAUAUUACUGGCUUAGAAACACUGUUAAGCCGUUAACAGGUUGAAAUCGCAGUAUAUUUUAUUAUCUUAGGUAGGCAGGAAUCUGAAGAAUGAACUCAAAUUCCUUCAGAAAAGAGACUCACUGCCUAAAAAUGUUCAGUUAAGAUAUCUGUUUUUGUUCAUUUUGUAAGAGAAGGGAUCAAUUGGAGGCUUGACUAAUAAGAGUAGCUGAAGGACAGAGAAAGGUGAUAUCAAAGCUUGUACUGUAUAUAGGCAUUUGACUUUGUAAAAUCUUUGUUUUGUGUUUUAAGUGUCCAACGUUCUUCUGUCUCUACAAUAAACUUUUGAACCCACAGUUUCUUUAAA